AGGCAAUAAUGCAGGGCAUACAGUUGUUGUGGAUUCUGUGGAGUAUGACUUUCAUCUUCUGCCAAGUGGGAUCAUCAAUCCAAAAGUCACUGCAUUCAUUGGAAAUGGUGUUGUAAUUCAUUUGCCAGGACUCUUUGAAGAAGCUGAAAAAAACUUAAAGAAAGGAAAAGUGCUAGAAGGCUGGGAAAAAAGACUAAUAAUCUCUGACAGAGCUCAUAUUGUAUUUGAUUUCCACCAAGCUGCUGAUGGCAUCCAAGAACAACAGAGGCAAGAACAAGCGGGAAAGAAUUUGGGAACUACCAAAAAAGGAAUUGGUCCAGUAUAUUCUUCAAAAGCAGCUCGAAGUGGACUCAGAAUGUGUGAUCUUGUUUCCGAUUUUGAUGAAUUUUCUGAGAGGUUCAAAUUGUUAGCCAAUCAAUACAGAGCGAUAUAUCCUACCUUAAAGAUAGAUAUUGAAGGGGAACUGGAAAAGCUCAAGGGCUACAUGGAAAAAAUAAAACCAAUGGUAAAGGAUGGUGUUUAUUUCAUAUCUGAGGCUUUACAUGGACCACCAAAGAAGAUCUUAGUAGAAGGUGCAAAUGCAGCACUGCUGGACAUAGAUUUUGGCACAUACCCUUUUGUGACUUCAUCAAACUGCACAGUUGGAGGUGUUUGUACAGGUCUGGGAAUGCCACCGCAGAACGUUGGGGAAGUGUACGGAGUUGUGAAAGCUUACACAACAAGAGUUGGAAUUGGUGCCUUUCCUACAGAACAGAAUAAUGAAAUUGGAGAAUUGCUGCAAAUGAGAGGCAAAGAGUUUGGUGUUACCACUGGUAGAAAGAGAAGAUGUGGCUGGCUGGACCUUGUGUCACUCCGAUAUGCCUAUAUGAUUAAUGGAUUUACUGCAUUGGCACUUACCAAAUUGGAUAUCUUGGAUGUAUUUCCAGAAAUCAAAGUUGGUGUUGCAUACAAACUAGAUGGUGAAGUCAUACCUCAUUUUCCUGCCAACCACGAAGUCUUAAAUAAAGUAGAGGUUCAGUAUGAGACACUCCCAGGAUGGGAUACAGACAUCUCAAAUGCAAGGACGUUUGAUGAGCUGCCUGUAAAUGCACAAAAUUAUGUUCGCUUUAUAGAAAUGGAGUUGGGUGUUCCUGUGAAAUGGAUUGGAGUAGGGAAAUCCAGGGAAUCAAUGAUCCAGCUGUUUUAAAGAUUUCAGAUGCAUGGAAGAAAGCACACUCCUCAAAAGACUGCUCAUUCUUAAAUGCAUUAGUAGCCCGCAAAGCAAAGAUGUUGGAAAGAUAGAUUUUUGCAUGGAAAGAAAUGCUAGAGUUGAUACCCCUAAAUCAAUCGCUACUCCUGAAAGAGACAUUAACAUGAGCCUGCAUCAGUUCUUGUUCAACUGCAAUUUCCAGGACAUUUGUCAUUGUUGUUCGAGGUGCCAUCAAAUUUAUUUUUUUUCUUUACUUAAUAUUUACUUCAUAAUGUAAUUCCUGUUUGAAAUCUAAGGUAGCAUUACUUUCAUGUCUAUUUGUCUUUGUUAUCCUCUCUCUGCUUUUGGCGGUGUUACUUCCCUGAAAUUUUAGACAGUAAAAGUAAUGCAGUUUUGCACAGAUAGUUUUACAUCCUCAUUAUUUGUAUUCCUAAAGCUGUUGUUUUCUUAAUAGCUGCUCUUGUGAGUGAUUAAAGAGGGGAAUUCUGAUUUUAUAAUGCUAUAAA